AAUGUAUUAAUGUUAGUAAAAUAUAGCUUAUUAUGAUAGAAUGUAGUCCUACAAUGACUGCUGUACUCCAAGUGUUUUUUUUACUUAAGAUAAUAAUGUAAAAGAAUGACUAUUAUACUGUAGUGGGAAUAUAAAUAUUUGUAUCAACUGUAUGUUGAUAAAUGAUGGGUUUUGUGUGAUGUGGGGGGGGGGGGUUGUGUUGCAUGGAGUAGUGUGCGCUGGGAUCCACAGGGUUGUUGGCGGCUCCAUGUUCUGUCGAAAUGUCUCUCAGGAAGACAUCCAACCCCCAAAGUGCACACUGGCCCCACUGUGUGGGAUGGGUUAAAUGCAGAGAAUAACUUCCCCCACGGUAAUCAAUAAAGGAUAUCUGAUCUUAAUAUUGUUAUUUAUAAGAAUUUUGUUAAAUUAAUUUUGUCUUUUUCUUUAUUUUCUCUUUUCAGUCAGAAUAUACAUUUAUUCUCUUUUAAAUGGUUAUUUGUGUUAUAGGAAUGAUCAUUGAUUUAAAACCAGUGACUGAUAUGAAACAUGGACCAUCUAUAGCAAGUUGUAAAUCGGCGUAUUUAAUGAAAUUGCACGUGUUUCUUUCUUGUUUGUUGUUCUUCUGAGUUUGUUUCCCUACGGUUUAAAUGCACUUAUGGUAAGUCGCUUUGGAUAAAAGAUGUGAUGGACAAAGGAAACAAAAGUGUCUAGUUAUCAGGGUUUUAUUCUGGGGCUUUAAACUAAUCUAGCGUGGAACAUUUAUAUUUGAAUAAAUUAAUAGAAGUCUUCUCACGCGCGUUACGUCGUGACGUCACUAGGUGGCGCCAGUACGGCGCUCUAUGAAGAAGCCGCGUCAGUUGGUCUGAAGGUCCGUUUAAGAAGCGACCGUUUGGGGUGUUUGUCGUUCCAGUUUCCGCCUCCAGCAACCGGGGAGCACCGCCGCGGGGCCUGCCCCGUGUUUACCGACGUUUGUUCCGGUGGCUUUACGUGUUUUGUUAUUUUUAACUGUUAAUUCACCGGUAAGCUAGAAACGGUUUGCUAGCUUGUGUGUGAACUGCGUUACCAUGGUGACGUGCCGCACCGGAAGCAGAGGGGACCCGGAUCGGAGCAUCUGGCCGCGCCGGAAGAAUGUGAAACCGGGAACCCGGGGGCGGGACAUCCGGGAGGAGACACCCGGACUGUCCCACGCGAGUCGGGGGGCUAACGCUGAGGAAGAGGAAGGUGACCGAGUUGGUUCGGGGACGAGGGCCGAGGAUGACGGGCGAGCAGCGGCGGCCUCCAUCAGGAAGUCUCAGAGGGUUCAGAACGCUGCUGGGGGAGGAGGGAGCAGCAGUCUGAGGAGAAGCUCCCGAGCGGUUAAACCCGUCAGCAGGUACCAGACCUCCAGCCUGUCAGUCAGCUUCAGCGCGGACGGGUCGGUCCUGAAGAAGCGCCUCGUUCACAGCGACGACUCGAUCUACUCUGAAGCGAAGAAGAGGAGGACCAGGAGAACCGAGGAGCCUCCUCGGGUGGACAUCAGCAGCUUUGAGAGCGGUUCGUACCGACGUUCAUUGCAGACCAGCGAGGGAGGAGGAGGAAGAACGUCUCCUCCUCCUCAUCUGUUGUCCCCAGGUGGACUGGUGGACGAGGACAGGAAGCAGGAAGUGGCUGCAGAGGACAACAGCUGCGAGGUCCCGAGAGCAACGUUCAAGGUCGGCGGCGCCGGACCCAGCCCGGCCCGCGGGUCAGCCUUCAGACUCACAGACAGCGAGACGUCUGAGGAAGACAACGACGAUGACAAAGACAACGACACGGAGGGAGACUCUGAGGAAGACUCUGAGGAAGACUCUGAGGAUGAAGAGCAAAACGUGGGGAAGGUCUCUGGAAGCUGCCGGCCGCUCGGCCUCCUCAGCGACGACCUUCUGGAGACGAGACGAGACGAGACCAACGGAGCCGACCUCGACCAAUCGAUGGGCUUUGACAGCAUCGGGGGUCUAGCGAGUCACAUCUUGGCCCUGAAAGAGAUGGUUGUGUUUCCACUACUUUACCCAGAAGUCUUUGACAACUUCAAGAUCCAGCCUCCCAGAGGUUGCCUGUUUUACGGACCCCCCGGGACGGGAAAGACGCUGGUGGCCCGGGCGCUGGCCAACGAGUGUCGCCAUGGCAACAGGAAGGUGUCCUUCUUCAUGAGGAAGGGCGCCGACUGCCUCUGCAAGUGGGUGGGCGAGUCGGAGCGCCAGCUGCAGCUGCUGUUUGAGCAGGCCUAUCAGUUGCGUCCCUCCAUCAUCUUCUUUGACGAGAUGGACGGGCUGGCUCCGGUCCGGUCCAGCAGACAGGACCAGAUUCACAGCUCCAUCGUGUCCACGCUUCUGGCUCUUAUGGACGGGUUGGACAAUCGGGGCGAGGUCGUCCUGAUCGGAGCGACCAACCGCCUGGACGCCAUCGACCCGGCGCUGCGACGGCCCGGCCGCUUCGACAGGGAGUUCCUGUUCGGCCUGCCGGACCGGGAGUCCCGAAAAGAGAUCCUGAAGAUCCACACGAGGCAGUGGAGGCCCGGCCCGUCGGACGACUUCCUGGAACAACUGGCCGAGAGAUGUGUCGGCUACUGCGGCGCCGACAUCAGGGGCGUGUGCACGGAGGCGGCGCUGUGCGCUGUGCGCCGCCGCUACCCGCAGAUCUACGGGACGCCCCACAAGCUCCUGCUGGACGUCUCCUCCAUCGCCGUCGGGGGACGCGACUUCCUGGUUGCCAUGGCGAAGACGCUGCCGGCCUCCCGCCGCUCUGGCGCCUCGCCGGCCUCGCCGCUGUCGGCCGUGGUGCGCCCCCUGCUGGGCGGGGCCCUGCGGCGCGCCCUGGAGGAGCUGCGCAGGCUGUUCCCCCACGCCGAGCAGGGCGUGAAGAGGAGGAGGGAGGCGGACGGGGCCCCGGGUUUCCUUGACGACGGGCUGACGGGGGGAGACGAAGGCUUCUUCACAUCCAGCUUCUCCAAACCCUCCGCCUCCAAAAGCCGCCUCUUCCUCAGUGCAGCCAAACACCCGAUGUCCUACCGUCCCAGGAUGCUCCUGGGCGGUCGCCCCUCUUCGGGUCAGACCUCCCACCUGGCUCCGGCCCUGCUGCACGCCCUGGAGCGCUUCCCCGUCCACAACCUGGACUCGGCGGUGCUGUUUGGGGUCAGCGGGACGAGCCCCGAGGAAGCCUGCGCCCAGGUGUUCUGUGAGGCCCGGCGGACGUCUCCCAGCAUCCUCUACCUGCCCCACAUGCAGCAGUGGUGGGAGGCCGCAGGGUCCUCGCUGAGGGCGUCCUUCCUCAGCCUGCUGGCCGCCGUCCCCUCCCUCUCACCCAUCCUCCUCCUCGCCACCUGCAGUGAUGACUACAAACAGCUGGACCCAGAGAUUCAGGCUCUGUUUCGGGAGGAUUACGGGGAGGUUCACACCGUCAGCGUUCCCACCCGGCAGGAGAGGAGCGACUUCUUCCAGGACCUCCUCCUGAACCAGGCGGCCGAGGCUCCGCCCUCCAAACCAGACGUGGCCGAGGCCGUGGAGGUGCUACCCCUGGCUCCCACGCCUCCCCCCCGCCAGCUGCCGGAGCGGGAGCGGGUCCGCCUGGAGGAGCAGGAGGAGGACGUGCUGCGGGACCUCCGCCUCUUCCUGCGCUAUGUGACGGAGAGUCUGGCUCAGGACCGACGCUUCAAGGCCUUCACCAAGCCGGUUGACACGGAGGAGGUGCCGGACUACACGCUGGUGGUGAGGAAGCCGAUGGACCUCUCCACGCUGCUCACCAACAUCGAUGAGCAGAAGUACGUCACCGUGGACGAGUUUGUGUCCGACGCCGACCUCAUCUGGAGGAACGCCCUGGAGUACAACCCGGACCGCGACCCCAUGGACCGCCACAUCCGGCACCGGGCCUGCGCCCUGCGGGACGCGCUGCGCUCCAUCAUCAGAGCCGAGCUGAACGAAGGCUUCCAGAGAGCCUGCGAGGAGAUCCGAGCCUCUCGGACGCAGAGAGCCUCCUGCUGCUGCACCGAACCCGAGGAGGCCAUCAGAAAAGGGGGCGGAGCUCCACCAGAGACACAGACCGCCGCCAACAUGGCCGCCGUGAAGAGGAAACAGCCGUCCACCAAGAGGCUGGACCAGGGCGCCCCCCUGCUGCUGGUGGAUCACGGCGAUCUGAGGGACGUCCUCCAGCGGGCCGUGGAUAGGACGGAGGGCUCCGAGGUGGAGCCUCUGGAGAAGCUUCACGCUCUGCUGGCUCAGUGCAUCUACCGACACCGAAGCAACCGCAACAAGGAGGAGCUCCUUCAGGUACGGAACACGCCCCGCCUCCAAUUUCACCGAGCGCUUUCGUGGCGUAGCAGCAUGGUCAGAGUGCCGCCAUUUUUAUCAGCGUUUACAGGAUCCGCGUAGCGUUUAGAAUGAUAUUUAAAGUCUCGAUGCGUAAUCCACACACUGCUAUCAACGGAUGAGUGAGCUUCAUCUUCUGUAACUGGGUGGCAUUAAAGCAUGUUGCUAUCGGACUGAUAGCAUGUUGAUAGCAUGUUGACUCCAUCAAGUCACCACAGAAAUGUUUCAAUGUCUGUUCUACCUUCUUCUAUUUCUAUUAGAGAGUAGAAGCAGAGUUACAUCUUUUUUUAAAUUUCAUCUUCAGGAAAUGAAGGAAGAAAUCGCCAGCUUUGCUUCAUCUUCGGCAGUUGUUUAAAUAAAUCCUCAUUCAACAAAUCAAUUUUUUGAUUCACUUCAAUAUGUAUUAUGUUAGAAUUAUUUUAAUAGAUAAUUGAAUAAUUUCACUAUGGGGAUCAUUAAAGGAUACUUUUCUUUCUUCUUCUAAUUAAUGGGACCAAUUUAUUGUCGCCAUGAGCAUAUGAUAUUAUAUCAUUCUAAUCAUCAAGUUAUUUUUUUCCCCCAGAACAGAAUACUAAUUCGAAAUAUACUUAGUUCUGACAUUAGAUAAUUGUGUCUGAAGUAUAGUUUUGAGGUCUCGUACUUUAAGAGAAUGAAAUUUUGAUUUCAUUUUGAU